CAUCGACCUCGCAGUCGUCUUCACAUCCUCCUCCUCCUCCUCCUCUCUUCUCUCUCUCCUCCUCUCCAUCUCUCUCCAUCUCUCUCUAUCUCUCUCUCUCUCUCGUUCUCUUUCUCUCUCUUCUUCCUGUUCACGAUCCUCCUCUCUCUUUGCUUCUCUUUGUCCACAGAAGCCUUAUUCUCCUCCUCCUCCUACUCCUCCUCCUCCCCGCCCCUUCCAGCUUACACAAACUCCUCAAUCACUCUCUCCUCCUCUCUCUACCUCACCUCCUCCGAAACCUCCCAACAUGCGCUUCCUCCGUGCCCUCACGGUGGCCGCAUCCCUCGUGCCACUCGCAUCAGCUGCCGUCUCAAAGAUCACUCGCAGCGGCAAGUACCUCUACGACGACGCCGGCUCUCGUUUCUACAUCAAGGGCGUUGCAUACCAGCCGCAGGGUGAGCUCGCCGUCGAGUCCGAGGCCAACGCGGCAAAUGGUGGAUUCCCCGAGCCAUCGUCGUUCUUCGACCCGCUUUCUUCGGAAGCGAACUGCACGCGUGACCUCCCAUACCUCCAGCAGCUCAACGUCAAUGCGGUGCGCGUCUACAGCGUCAACUCGUCUCUCAACCACGAUGCUUGCAUGAAGCUCCUUGACGAUGCUGGUAUUUACGUUCUCCUUGACAUCUCGCUCCCCCUCAACGGCUCCAUCGACCGCGCUUCCCCUUCGUGGACCACCAACCUCCUCGACGAGUACAUCAGAACCAUUGACGCCUUCAACAAGUACCCUAACGUCCUGGCUUACAACAUCGGCAACGAGGUCAUCAGCACUCCCCGGAACACCUACGCGGCUCCUUUCGUCAAGGCUGCCGCCCGUGACGUCAAGGCCUACCUCCGCAGCAUCAACUCGAAUGCCCUUGUCGGCUAUGCGGCAGUCGACGGCGAGGCCGAUUUCCGCGACGCUGUGGCUCACUACAUGACCUGCGGCAACGAGACUGAGACUAUCGACCUUUACGGUCUCAACAAUUACCAGUGGUGCGGCGCGUCCAGCCUCACGGCGUCCAACUGGAACACGAUCACCCAAGGCUUCUCUGACAUGACUGUGCCCACUUACAUGUCCGAGUACGGCUGCAUCACUUCGCCUCCUCGCCUAUGGACUGAAGUUGCGGCGCUCCUUGCCACUCCCGUCUCGGAUGUCUUCUCCGGUGGUAUCGCCUUCAGCUACUUCCCCACCAGCGACGGCUACGGCAUGACUACUAUCAACGGCAACACUGUCACCCCCAACGCCGACUUUGCCCGCCUUGGCGCCGCGUACGGUAACGCCACUGGCCCCAACUCGCCCGCCCAGAGCUCGCAGGCCAACUCGGCUGCCACUUGCCCUCAGGAGAGCGCCACACUCCUCGCGACGACCAACCUUCCCCCUACCCCCAACCCCGAGGUGUGCAACUGCCUCGACAAGUCGGCGUUCGCGUGCCUGGUCAACGACGCGACGGCCAACGACCCCGUCAAGGUCGGUGCUCUGCUCAACAUCGCUUGCGACAUGCUUGCUCAGGCUGGCUCGACCGUUGAUUGCACUACCAUUGGCGGCAACGGCACCACGGGCACGUAUGGCCCGCUCGCCAUGUGCUCGCCCGACAUCAAGCUGUCGUGGGCCUUCUCGGCGUACUACAUGCUUAACCCCGUCGCUACCAGCUGUGACUUUGCUGGCAACGCGACGCGCAACGAGGGCGCUGAUGCCCCCAAGACGGCCGAGGACGCCAAGAUUGCGGCCGACAACUGCUUUGCCGGCAAACCCGCGGUUGUCACCCCCACUAGCUCGCCCCAGAGCACUGGCGGCGGUGGCAGCAACUCUGGCGGCAACGCGCCUGCGCAGAGCAGUGCCACGUCGAACCAGAACAGCGGUGCCCAAGCCUCGCUCUCUCUCCCUCCUCUUGCGGCCGUCGUCAUUGGCGCGCUAGGCCUCGUUGCUGGCGCGGUCGUCGUCUAAGAUAACUAAUAGCGUGAGGCGUUCCCCGCUGCACCUGGACAAUCCUCUCCCAUGUGGUGUUUAGCAUCUAGCAUAGGCUCUGCAUGUGAUCGUAAUAAUGCUGG